AUGGCGAGUCAUGGCGUUCGUCGUUUUAAACCUACGGAGAAAACCGCAGAGGAGAAGGAACGCGAGCUUCGGAAGAUUGAUGAAUACAAGUCAUUAGAACGUCUGGUAGCGGAGAAGGUGGCUCGAAAAGAGUAUUCAGUCGAGACUCUCAAGGAGAUCUCGGACUUAUUGACUCGCAAUCCAGAAUACUACACCGUUUGGAACUAUCGGCGGCAGGUUCUUCAAGACCAGUUUUCAAACACGGCCAAGUCAGACGAAGAGUCGUCAAGCAGUGCGAUCGCACAGCUGAUCAGCGACGACUUAAUGUUCCUCAUGCCUCUGUUGCGCAGCUUCCCCAAAUGCUACUGGAUCUGGAACUAUCGAGUGUGGCUUUUGGAUGAAGCACGACGGCUGCUUCCUUUAGCUUCGGCGACUCAAUUUUGGCAGCAAGAGCUUAUUCUCGUGGGUAAGAUGCUGACCUUGGACAGUCGAAAUUUCCAUGGGUGGAGUUACCGGCGCCUCGUGGUCGAGACUCUACAGCAAUUGGCAACUUCCGCCGAGGCUGCGAGUCUUACGCAGAAGGAGUAUGAAUAUGCCAAGAAGAUGAUCGGAGCCAACUUGUCGAAUUUUUCGGCGUGGCACUAUCGCACCAAACUCAUCGUACGACUUCUUGAAGAACAGUCCGCGAGUGAUGAAGAGCGAAGAAAGAUGUUGGAUGAUGAGCUGGACCUGAUUCAUCAGGCUUUGAUCGAUCCCUACGAUCAGUCUCUAUGGUUCUAUCACCAAAACUUGAUGUCCGUGUUUGACCCAACACUUGCGCAUCGGACAAUGGCACCGAACUUGAGCUCCUCAGAGCGACUUAGUUAUCUUCGAAACGAGAUUGCUGCCAUUGAAGAGAUGCUCGAUGGAGCAGAGGACUGCAAGUACAUCUACCAGUCCUUGAUUGAGUGUAUGCUCUUGAUUGCGAAGGUGGCGGGACAACUUUCCCCAGAGGACCGAUCACAUAUUCUGGGCUGGCUCUCGGAAUUGAAGCAACUUGACCCCUUGCGGAAGAACCGCUGGUUAGAUUUUGAGAAAACUCUUGCUAAUCUAUAA